AAACAGACACAACAACAAUAUAGUCAAUGUGGAUUUAACAUGUAUAUCAGAGAAUUGCCUGAAGUCUAGGGAGUCAACCAAGGUUUCUGAGUUGAAUCCUAAUGCAAAGGUGUGGGGAAAUCAUAUGUUACACUUGGAAGCAAGUGGUGCCACUGAUGGUAGCGUGAAUAAAACGUGGGAAGAAAUAUCUGACCAACCUCCAGAUUCUUGUAAAGAAGGACUGGAUGCCAAUGGUGAUGGCGACAAAAAGCAUCAGAAUGCAGUGCUGACAGAGCUGCAGGAGCCAUCGCCAGCAGUUUCAGUGUCAGACCAGACAGAUAUGAACCCUUUGGCUCUCAAUCAUUCUGAGUAUGAGUCUAUGCAUGAAACCACCCAGCCAGGUGGAAACGAACAGUUGCAGCCAGAAGGUCAGGAAGAUUUACGAGAAUUACUGAAGAAAACACUGGAAUUCUGCUUAUCUAGAGAAAAUCUUGCCAGUGACAUGUACCUUAUAUCACAGAUGGACAGUGAUCAGUAUGUGCCAAUAAUGACAGUAGCAAACCUUGAUCACGUCAAGAAACUCAGUACUGAUAUGGAUUUGAUUGUUGAAGUGCUGAGAUCAUUGCCUUUAGUCCAAGUGGAUGAGAAGGGAGAAAAAGUUAGGCCAAAUCAGAAUCGCUGUAUUGUGAUUUUACGUGAAGUACCUGAAUCUACCCCCAUUGAAGAGGUUGAAGCACUUUUCAAAGGAGAUAAUUUGCCUAAAUUUAUCAACUGUGAGUUUGCCUAUAACGACAAUUGGUUCAUCACAUUUGAAUCAGAAGCCGAUGCACAACAGGCUUACAGAUACCUUAGAGAAGAAGUGAAAACUUUCCAAGGAAAACCAAUUAAGGCAAGGAUAAAAGCAAAGGCAAUAGCUAUAAACACAUUUUUGCCAAAGAAUGGAUACAGACCUCUGGAUAUGAACCUCUACACGCAGCAGCGUUACACAACAUCGUUUUACUUACCUCCAGUAUACAGUCCACAUCAGCAGUUUCCAUUGUACAGCUUGAUUGGCCCACAGACCUGGUCAGCCACACACAGCUACCUUGACCCUGCAUUGGUAACACCAUUUCCAAAUACCGGAUUUAUCAAUGGGUUCACAUCUCCAACCUUCAAGCCUGCUGCUUCUCCUCUGACUACACUCAGACAAUAUCCUCCCAGGAACAGGAAUCCUAGCAAGUCUCAUAUACGACAUACAAUACCCAGUGCAGAAAGGGGACCUGGGCUUCUAGACAGUCCUACAAUAUUCAACUUUUCUGCUGAUCGUUUAAUCAAUGGCGUCAGGAGUCCACAGACGCGGCAGCCGGGACAAAACAGGACACGGAUGCAGAAUGCCAGUACGAGUUACACCAAGAGGGAAGUAGGAACCGGACGGAUGGAACAGACCAGUGUUGACUCGUCUCCUGGACUAGGUAGAGGAAGGAAAAACUCAUAUGGUUAUCGAAAGAAAAGGGAGGACAAGUUUACAAGAGGCCAAACACAGUCUCCACCACCCCCAAAGCCUCCAUCUCCUAGCUUUGAAUUGGGUUUGUCUAGCUUUCCUCCAUUACCUGGGGCUGCUGGCAAUUUAAAGACUGAAGACCUUUUUGAAAACAGACUGUCCAAUGUGGUAAUAGGAACGUCAAAAGAACGAAACAUUAAUGUGGAUGCAAGUACAAACACUAUUCCGUCGGGAGUUCCUCGAGAGCCAUUGUUGCCAGUUUCUUCUACAUUGCCCAGGACGUUUGAAAGGUCUCCUUCGCCAUCCCAGUCUUCUGAGGAAUCCAAGGUUGUGGAUAAACAGCAGAGAGAGAUACAGAGUACGGAAAGGCUUUCUUCUUCCACACUCAGCACCGCAUGUAAAUCGGUACAAGUCAAUGGGGCUGCCAUAGAACUGAGAAAACCUAGUUAUGCAGAAAUCUGCCAGAGAACAACUAAGGAUCCUCCUACAUUGCAACCCCAGAAAGAACAGAAGCCAAACACUGUAGCAUGUGGGAAAGAAGAAAGAAAGACCACAGAAACAAUAGAGAAAAACAGAGAACCUCCUCCUGCAAAGUCACAUCCUGGACAACCCAAAGACCAGAGGAGACAGUCAGGACGCAGAUCAUCCCCUCCAGCCGUUGGCAAACGCUUAAAUAAAGAACAGAGUACCCCUCCAAAAUCUCCUCAGUGAAACUAACAACUGGGAGGGAUUUGAAAAGAGGUCUGCUUCCCACAAAUUAAACCCAUGUUCCCACUAAGAUACCUGAGAAUGAGUUGCUGGUUAGGAGCUUGCAGUGAUACUAGGC